AUGCGUUCACAGUCCUCGGCUGCACGCAGUGAUUCUCCGGGCCUGGUGAACUUCGUGCUGUCUAAAGAAGGAGGCGAUCUGUCUCUGGUGGAGCAGGCCAACGUCUGGCUCUUCCUUCGUUUGGCGAAGACGAACCGCAGCCGAGCCAAAGUCGCCAUCCAGCUCUUCCAGCAGGGCCGGCUUCCCAACGGACACGCGUCCCCGCCGCAGGACGACAUCCUCCUGGCAGAGAAGACGGUGGACACCCGUCGCAGCGGCUGGCACACCUUCCCGGUGUCGGCGGCGGUGCAGAAGCUGCUGCAGAGCGCGGAGACGACGCUGAGCCUGCGGGUGUCCUGCCCGCUCUGCGCUGACGCUGGCGCCACGCUCGUCCUCGUGUCCGGCGGCUCGGAGACGUCGCAGCGCGCCAACCAGAGGGAGCAAUCCCACCGGCCCUUCCUCAUGGCGGUGGUGCGGCAGGGCGACGGCAACGACUCGCGGCGGCGCAGGAAGCGCGGGCUGGAGUGCGACGGGAAAGUCCGCGUCUGCUGCAAGCGGCAGUUCUACGUCAACUUCAAAGACAUCGGCUGGAACGACUGGAUAAUCGCGCCGCCCGGUUACCAUGCCAACUACUGCGAGGGAGAGUGCCCCUCCCACGUGGCGAGCAUCGCCGGGUCCACGUUGUCCUUCCACUCCACCGUCAUCAGCCACUACCGCAUGAGGGGCUACAGUCCCUUCCAGAACCUGCGGUCGUGCUGCGUGCCCACCCGGCUACGAGCCAUGUCCAUGCUCUACUACAACGAGGAGCAGAAGAUCAUCAAGAAGGACAUCCAGAACAUGAUCGUGGAGGAGUGCGGCUGCUCGUAA